UUACCAUCAGAGGUGUCAGUUCUUCCCCACUUCCGGCGACACUUCACACUUUUGCAAGGGUCUUUUGGGCAUGUAGGUGCUCGGCAGUUUCACAUCGAACCACCAACAGUUGCAGCGCUCCUAGUGCACUUUCAAUCUAGUCGCGUUGUUCUGCUCUUCUCUAUUCUUUUCUUUUCUUUUCUAACUAUGACGCCGAGGGGUCACUCAGGUGGAUGGUGUCUUCUCUUCCUGGCUGCUAUCAUUCCUGGCGUCCACCUCCACAGAAGCGACAGCUCCGUCCAGCCUGCCUCCGACUCUGAGGCCCAGAUCUACCGACCGGUCCUGCAGCCCUCUGAGGCCGCUCCUCAAAUAGGGACCUACAUGAUGAAAACCCCUGCGGGGAAACCCUGCGUCAAAGCCACCAUGGGAGCAGAGUACGUUGUCAGCGAAAAGAAGAAGACCUGGUAUUUCAACCUGGACCCCUCCAGGGUCAGAACCAGUGGCUACUGUGACAAACAAGUCGCUGUUCUCUCUCUGACGCUACCAGACAACGCUGCCGGCCUGCAGCUCACCUUCAAAAAGGAAAAGAGUUUUUUCUACAUUACCAAGCUGACUGCUCAUCUGUCUCCUCUGCCUGUUUGCCAAAAAUGUGCCAAUAAAACUUACUCUGGCUUGUUGGACCAUGAGAAGUUGUUCAAAACAGCUGAUGGUCAGAGCUUCAACUGCAAAUCCGAGAAUCUGCUCUUGAUGUCGUCUGAGCUGAAGAUCAAGCUUGUCCCUCUGCAUAUGCAGGCCUUCACUCUGCCCGACGGACGCUACGGACAAGAGGUGGAGUGCUGGGCUGACUUCAACAAGCGAGUCAUUCCCAUCGUCCUCGGGGCCACGGUGUUGGGUCUAAUCCUGAUCGCGGUGCUGACCUUCCUGUUCAUCAGAGACCGCCACAGGCAAGGCUACGACAGGCUCUGAGCUGGCUGUGACACUGGAUGGAGAUUUACUCCAUCUCAAAGAAUAUUUUUUACUCAUUUAAUGUUAAGAAAAGUUCUCAAACUUCUUUUCCUUAACCUGUCUUUGACUUUUUAUUUCACAAAUGUUUCUCAUAAUUACGUAUAGAGGCCUAAUAUCUGACAUUCAAACUAUAAAUGCAAAUAGUACUGUUAAAUGUAUUUAUUUGACUAUUCUUUCAUUAACUUCGGUGAUGAAUUUUAUUCGCUGCUGUUUGUUGUAAUGUUCUGAUUUGUUGUAUUUUCAACAGUUAUUAAAUA